GGCAGUAUGGCCUCCAGGGAGCUAGCAGUUGGAAUGAUCUUCUUAUUACAGACUCUCAUUGGAAUCCUGGGAAAUGUCUCUCUUCUCUCUCAUUAUAUCUCCCUUCACCACACUGAUCACAGGUUGAAGCCCACUGAUUUGCUUCUCAUGCACCUGACAAUAUCCAACUCCUUAUAUAUAGUCUUCCUAGGAGUUCCACAGACAAUGGAAGCAUUUGGAUUGAAAGAAUUCUUCAGUAAUUCAGGAUGUGAACUCCUAUUUUAUUUUUACAGAGUGUCUAGGGGUGUGUCCAUGAGUACCACCUGUAUCUUGAGUGUCUUCCAAACCGUUAGGGUCAGUCCUAUAGAUUCCUGCUGGAAGAAUCUGAGAGUCAAAGCUCCAAAAUAUGUUGGCUUCUCCAUCUCCAUCUGCUGGAUUCUGUACAUGUUUGUAAAUUUGAUUUUUCCUGUUUAUAACUUGCAUGAGUCCACAAAAUGCAGCAGCAAAGACAUCAUGAGGAAAAGAGAUUUGGGAUACUGUUCAGUUAAAGAGUUUGGAAACCUCUCAGGUAUUCUAUAUGCAGCAUUGGUAAUAUUCCCUGAAGUGGUACUCUCUAUGCUCACCAUCUGGGCCAGUUGUUCCAUGGUUUUCACCCUUCUCAGACACAAGCAGCAGGUCCAGCAUAUCCAUGUGGCCCCCAAAUCCUCAGCUGAGUCCAGAGCCACCCAGAGCAUUCUUCUUCUGGUGAGCACUUUCAUGUGCUUUUAUACUCUCUCCUCUGCCUUGCAUGCUUGUUGGGCUAUUCUUCAUAACCCCAUUAGAUGGCUGGUGAACACCACAACACUAAUAACUCUGUGUUUUCCCACUGUUAGCCCCUUUCUGCUCAUGAGACGUGGCUCCACUAUAGCCACAUUUUUCUUUGGCUGGACAUGGAAUAGAAAACCCACAUAUCACUAUAGAAAUAAAUAUGUUGCAAACUGCAUUUAUCAAUAA